AGGAACCGGAAGUAACCUUAGGCGCUGUGCUGAACAGUUUCAAGCGCAGGGCUGAAUGUACUCUACACAUUUGGAUAAAAACGGGCGCAACAAACGCCUCCAUAACGCUUCAUCUAUGUUGCUUGCAGAAACUGACCGACAGCUGUAUGACUCUUUCGUGGAUGGAGUGUGUUAAUAACCUCCGAGGGCACUUAUCCGUCUGAAUCGGCGGUCUUUUCAGUGCAUUAGCAGGUUAGCCGAACUACAUCAUGACAGUGGCGGUGUUUUUCGGCUGUACGUUCAUCGCGUUUGGCCCGGCCAUCUCUUUGUUUAUGUUUACAAUCGCCCGGGACCCGCUGCGUGUCAUCUUUCUUAUAGCAGGGGCAUUUUUCUGGCUGGUGUCUUUGCUGCUGUCUUCUCUGGUGUGGUUCAUCACGGUCCAGAUCAGCAACAAGAACAGUGCCACUCAGCAGAGAGGGCUGCUCAUUUUUGGAGUUGUGCUCUCAGUGCUGCUUCAGGAGGCUUUCAGAUAUGGUUACUACAGACUACUGAAAAAAGCAAACGAAGGCCUGUUGGCGCUCAGUCAGGAGGACACCAUGCCCAUCUCCAUGCGGCAGCUAGCUUAUGUGUCAGGUCUGGGCUUUGGCUUCAUGAGCGGUGCAUUCUCUGUGGUCAACAUCCUCUCUGACUCCUUGGGUCCUGGAACCGUUGGCAUUCAUGGCGAAUCCCAGCAUUACUUCAUAUCGUCAGCCUUCAUGACUCUGGCCAUUAUCCUGCUGCACAUGUUCUGGGGAGUGGUUUUCUUUGAGGCCUGUGAGCAUCAGAGAUGGUGGGCUCUCGGAGCCGUGGUCGCCAGUCAUUUAGUAGUGUCUUGUCUGACGUUUGUGAACCCACACUAUCAAGGCAGUUUGAUCCCGACCUACAUCAUACUCUCAGUCAUGGCGGUCUGGGCGUAUUUAUGUGCCGGAGGAUCUUUGAGGAACCUGAAACUCUGCCUCACCUGUAAAGACAAAGACUUCCUGCUGGCCAAUCACAGGCCCAGAUAACCCACUAAACAGGACUUCUUUUUUCUUUUUCCCUCCCAAAGACCGACUCUCGAAGCCAGUGUGCCGAAAACACGGCCAGCAGCCCUGCACUGAGAGGUCUAUGCUCUGGGUUUUCUGAACGGUUGCUGAGUAACAGGAAUUUUAUGUCUGCAGAUCUUGCACUUUCUGUAAUGACCUCCACUUCUGUUUUUUCUGUUGUGUACCUCAUGUUCUGUGUGUGAGAGAGAUUAUGUGAGAGUGUUUUGUUCUCGGAGUCUGUAGCAGGUUUUUAAAUGAGGUCCUGUGUAGAUUUGACCUUUAACUAGUUAGGUUUUCCCCCCAUGUCAGGCUUUUUUUCCUCCUCUGUAUUUUAACUGACCAAUUAGAGUGGAAUGAUUUGCCAAUGUCCUGUCAUCAGUCUUAGCUCUUCAAAGUUUUAGCUGAUUAAACCUGGAGUGACCAGCUUUGUGUUUUCUUUUUUUAAUUCACCUGUCUGGUGUUGUCUUUCUAAACCGAACCUUAUUUUUCCCUGGUGUUUUUAUUUAAGGGGUGCUCGAAUGUAUUUGAACGAUAAAAGCCACUUCUCCAUAAAAACCACUACACUGAAGCUCUUCUGCUGGAAAGGUCUGACUGAUUUGAAACACACAGGGCUCAGCGGGAUCAGUUUAGAUGUCACUAUGGGUUUAGAUUAUUUUGACUGUAAGGUGUAUGAAAUUUUCAUUCAUAAUAAAGUAGCUUGAGCUCCA